CAAUACAUUUGUUUUGUGAAUACAUGUACAAUUUCUUUUAAAAUAUUCUUUAUUUAAUUGGAACGUCAACGAUUCUUUAUUUAGUUCAUCUUAUGUACGAUCUUGUUAUAUAUUUUAAUUUCCGCUGCUAUUUUGUAUGUUUCCAAGAUCAUGACUCAUUAGUCCGUUACCUAUUUGUAUUUACAUAUCAGAGCCUUUUCGUUUUAUUCUUGUACAAGUUUUAACGUGAAGGCUAUAAUAGAGACUUAAGAGUCAUAUAAAGUUUAUCAACAGAUAUUAUCGCAAGUUUUUCUUCUACUGACAAGCUUCUAUAUCUGAUUGUUUGAGUGAAUAUUCAAGUGCCACUCGAUUGCAAUAAAAUUAAGAAAGAAGUGGCUUCUACUCUGCUUGCGUAAUUGACUUGAAAUCUGUUUGACAACGCAUCAUCUAAGUAACGACUACGAAAAACGCAACGCAAAACUAUUCUUUCCCUGUGAUCAACUCGAGAACGACAGACAUGACUAUUGAGUUCAAAAACAACAAAAAAAGAAACGACUUUACCGAUAUUAUUAAUGACGAUUAUUUCGAUGAUAUCGAUAAAACUAACAGGAACGAUAUAACUUUUAUUGUUAGUAACGCAUCAGUACAAGCAUGGCUAAAUGACAAAGAAUCUAGAUAUUAUAAGAUGGAUCAUUCUAAACGUGGUGUAGCUGUAAUAUUUAAUCAACAAGCUUUCAAUAACUCGGAUUUGAAUAUUCACACUGGCAUAUAUAUAGAAUGCCUGAAUCUUGUUAGGACACUAAAAAGUUUCGGAUUUAAAGUAUGGGACUGCCAUAAUACUACGUGUACAGACAUAAUAAGAAUUUUAGAAGCAGUUGCCAACAUGGAUCAUUCUGAAAGUGAUUGCUUGGUAGUAAUCGUAUUAAGCCACGGCAUCUACGAUUAUCUCUAUGCGGCCGACACUUAUUAUAAAGCAGAUGUUCUCUUUAAUCGUUUUACUGCCGAAAAAUGUUCGACCCUCGCCGGAAAACCUAAACUAUUUUUCAUUCAAGCUUACAAUUAUGAUGGAUUUAACUCUGGCAUUACUUCUUCAAUGCAGAAAAAAACAAACGACUCUAAAGAUGCGAUAUUUAAUAUUGAACGUGAUUUUCUACUUUGCUAUUCAACCAUACCAGCCAAUUAUUUUCGGGACUAUCUUUUGCGGCCAACAUGGUUCAUAAAAGCCUUGUGCCUUGAAUUACGCCAAAAUGGUACUCAUUACGAUUUGCUGACUUUGUUGACAUUUGUAUGCCAGCAUGUCAUCGAAGAUUUCACAUUUAAUAAGAUGACUGUGCACCAGAAACGGUAUACUCCAUACAUCAUUUCUAUGCUGACAGGCUUCGUAAAAUUUACCAAGAGAGAAUCGAAUCCAAAAGAAACUUCCAAUAUGUCUGAGGGAACAUAUUAUAAUUUCCAACCAGUGCCAAUAAAAUCAAGGAAGGAGUGCUUCCAUCCUAGAAAAUUGACAAAAUUUCAACAAAGAAAGCUUUUUUAUCCAGUGAUCAAACUCAAACACGAGAAGCAACAUUAUGAGUUCCACACAACAUACAAAUAGUACAAGCAAAGGAAGCACCAAAUCAUUAAUGAUCAGCAGGAAAGCAUCAAUACGAGUAUGGCUAAACGAGAAAGACUCUAGAUAUUAUAAAAUGGAUCAU